CAGGUGUACAAGGUCUUCGUUCAACCGAUUGUCCAGGCCGUACUCACGGGUCGUCACGGUACAGUCUUUGCCUACGGUCCCACCGGAUCUGGUAAGACGUACACAAUGCAGGGUGGAGUGAUACCACAGGCUGCCACCGAUUUGUUUGAACAGCUUCCCCCCGGGGGCUUGAUCCGUGCUCAAUAUUUCGAAAUCUACAAUGAAACCGUGCUUGACUUGGCUCACGGCAGGAAAGCGGCAGGUCACAUUUCUAAAAACAAUCGCCGCGUCGUCAGCGUUCAGGAAAACUUGUCGGGAGACGUUCAAGUUAAUGCUUCGUAUCACGACAUGCACACCGUCAAUGAUGUUGCAAGUUUGCUUGCAUACGGCAACCGCCGCCGUGCUUGCGGUACCACCGACGUUAAUAAGGAAUCGUCCCGUUCCCACGCAAUAUUUCGACUCCAUGUACAUGUACCGCAACGAUCAAACUGUCCCACUGAUGCAGUCACCACCGCUACUACGACCGCAAUGCUCAACCUAGUGGAUCUAGCUGGAUCAGAAAACGCCUCCAAGUCCAACACGAGCGGAUUGAGAAAACGUGAAGGUGGAAAAAUAAACCAAAGUCUUCUGUCACUAUCACGUGUUAUUCACUCUUUAAGCUUACCAUCAAAGAAACAACCCAAGCACAUUGGGUUUCGAGAUUCCAAACUGACUCGAAUUUUGCAAUCAAGCCUGGAAGGAAAUGCUUGUACCGCGAUUCUGUGCUGCGCGUCCGCCUCGCGUAUGUCCGUAGAAGAAACCCGAUCUACACUAAAGUUUGCGGCAAGCGCAAAGACCAUAGUGGUACAACCCACUGUCAAU